GGCCUGGCAAUUCGUUAUUUUCUAUUGUAAAAAUAAGCACCUUGAUUGAAUGGAUCACAACAUCGUGUUUGCUUGCCAAGUAUGAGUACCACUCGACACUUUAUUCCUCAUCCUCGGCCUCAGCUUCAGCCUCGACCACUGAUAUAAAUACUACCGCCCUCUUCCCCACAUCCAAGGUCUUUUUUUUGUUCAUUACAGCACAAACCACUCGACUUUCAAUUGCUACCACUGCAAACGACACAGAGCCCCUUCAGUCUUUCUUUCUCUCCUGGCAACCAUCCCUACGCACCUACCAUCUUUUUCUCUCCACACUCACUCACACACCAAUAGCAAUGGAUCUCAACUGGUGCCCCGUCUGCGAACAACACAUCCCACUUGCCUGGGAGUCAAGUCUUUACUGCUCUGAUCGCUGCAAAAAGGCCGAUGCUAUGGCAUCGCACCCAGCACUCGGCUACACCUACCCUCCUGAUUUGCAGACCUUCCCUCGUCAAAAGACCUCAACCUACUCGCCCUUGUCCUCGCCAACAUUGACCAGUGUCAGCUCUUCAGCAGCCGCCUAUUCGUCUCCACCAACUUCGCCCAUGACCAACUAUGUCUACAACAAGACGAGCUCGGGUCGCAUCUCCCCUCCUGCCUUCUCCUUGGGUCACCCCGCCGACGUCGAGUCGCGCCGCAAGUCUCCAGCAGGGCCUCAGUAUACCAUGACGACGACAAUGAGCACAGCGAACAAGAAGGGUGGUUUCUUCUGGUAGAACACUCCUUACCAACAAACUAAACCCCUUGACCACUUUGCUGUAUAUAAUCUCACUCUUCGAUACCGUCGGUUCGCUUUUUCGCCCUGUACAUACCAUAUUCCCAGGAAAAAAAAACCAAAAAAGCCAAAAAAAAAAAAAAUCAUCAUCAUCAUUGUAGCUCUGUAUCAUAGAAAACUAUUACAAUAAUAAUCAACUUCGCAAGAAGUACAAUCAAACAUC